AUGGGUAAGGUUCACGGCUCUCUCGCCCGUGCCGGUAAGGUCAAGGCUGCCACUCCCAAGGCAACCAUCCGCGCACAGGUCGAGCCCCAGGAGAAGAAGAAGCAGCCCAAGGGCCGCGCCUACAAGCGUAUUCUCUACACCCGCCGCUUCGUCAACGUCACCAUGACUGGUGGCAAGCGCAAGAUGAACCCUAACCCCGGCUCAUAA